UUAAACGUCAAAUUAAACGUCGUCAACAUCAACAAAACAAAAAAGGGAUACGCGGUGCGGUUGGGCAAGGCAGAUUCAAUGGAGAAGCUUGGAAAUGGAAAUUGUGAACAUGCAGUGCCGACAUUAAAUGAUUUUCCUGAAGAAUCAAGCCUAAGAAAUCGUCUUCACCUGCUCAGGGAGAAGUUUUCUUGCAAAUUUAAAGCUAAACCAUCGUUAUAUCUACGAGUACCAGGAAGGGUUAAUCUUAUUGGAGAACACAUAGACUAUUGUGGUUACUCUGUAUGUCCGUUGGCUCUGGAACAAGACAUUCUUGUGGCUUUCUGUCCUUCAGUCCACGGUCAGUUCCUAUCCAUAUACAAUCAGGAUGAAGAAAAUUACAAGGAAUAUUCCAUCGAUACAUUUGAUUUCAAGUUCAGUCUACCCACCACAGGAUGGGCAAGCUAUGUGUUGUGUGGAGUUAAGAAAGUGAUCGAGCUGUUGGUGAGCCAGGGCAAGUCUCCGGUCUCAAUACAGAUGGCUGUGGCAGGCAACAUCCCUCCUGGGUCUGGAUUGUCCAGCUCCAGCGCCCUUGUGUGUGCAGGGGCAAUGGUGACAGCGCUAGCUAACAAGUUGAACCUUUCCAGAACGGAGCUAGCAGCUCUAAGUGCAGAGGCCGAACAUUAUAUUGGCACUGUAGGAGGAGGAAUGGACCAGGCUAUCAUUUUUUUGGCCUCUGAAGGAAAUGCCAAGCUGAUAGAGUUCUCCCCGCUGAGAACAAGGGAUGUAACUCUGCCAGCCGGGGCUGUGUUUGUGGUCGCCCAUAGCUUGGCUGUCAAAAACAAAGCAGCCAGUAACGACUUUAACACUCGAGUAGUCGAGUGUAGGCUUGCUGCUCAGGUUCUUGCCAAAAUAAGAGGUUUUCCCUGGAAAAAAUGUUUAAGACUUGUUGAUUUUCAAACUUCUGCCAAAUUAACUCUCGGCGAAUGUGCUAAGAUUGUGAAAGAGCUUCUCCAUAAAGAUCCGUAUACUAAAAUUGAGCUGUGCAAAAUAUUGGAUGUGACAGAAAAGGAGUUGAAUGAAAUCACUCUGACCUCAAACACCGAACAUGUUCAGCAUUUCAAACUAUUCCAAAGAGCACUGCAUGUAUUCCAAGAGGCUCAAAGAGUGGCUGAGUUUGAGGCGGGCUGCACAGAUGGCUGUUCACUAGCCGAGCUCGGCCACCUGAUGUCUGAGAGUCACGUGAGCCUACGUGACCUGUACGAGUGUAGUCACGUACAACUAGACAGACUAGUCGCGGUGGCCAUGGCUGCAGGGGCUCUAGGUGCUCGUCUGACCGGGGCUGGCUGGGGAGGUUGUAUUGUGGCGCUGACCACUGAGGAUCAUGUGGGAAAGUUCAUUGACACUGUUAAACAACAGUUUUACGCAGACAACCCCCAAGUGGAGGGGCGGAAAACAGAAAAUCUCAUUUUUGCCACUCAACCAGGAAGAGGUGUCCAGGUCUUCAGACCUGAAGAGAACGACUUAGUUCACUAGUCAAACACUCAGUGAAACAAAUAAUGGUGCCUUUCUUGUCUUUUCUUCAGUCAUUUUAGUUUAUAGUAUCACUGUUAUAACACAUUUUGUAGCUACAUACUUAAUAGGUUAGUUUAUUUGAUGUCAUUGAAAAAAUUGUUUAGUGAUAGUGUGACUAGUGUGACUAUACUCUGUUCACAAAAUUUAGGUGGUUUUAGGGAAAUAAAUCUAUCCCCUCCACUUGAACCUACCUUUAAAAAUAAUAACAGCUGAGGUGUGCCAAAAUAUAAAUCAGCUGUGCUAUAUUGAGUAAAAAAGUAGUGGGAUAACUUUCCCUCAAACUAUAAGCAUUGACUAUUGGAUAUCAAUAGUAAAAAGUAUAAGAUAAAUGAGGAAAAAAAUCAAAAUUUUGUCAAUAGAUGAAUUCAUGUCGUGUUUGAGUGUUCCUUAACCGAGGUAUCUAAGGAAUGGCAGAUUUAGAUAUUUGCUGUACUACUAAAUAAUGGUAAUGGGUAAUGCCACCACUAUUACAUCACUAUUUAUUCCCUAUUAUCUUUCUUUAAAUUUCAAGGUGAAUUUAAUUUGCUAUUCAACCAUCAAAUCAAAGCUUUUAUAUUGGAGUUCCAUAAAGAAUCAACUCAGAAAAAAAAACAAAUUGGCUGCCUUUUGAAAUUUGUUGCUCUUAAAAGUACCUUAAAUCCUGCAUUUCUUCCAGUAAGGAAAGGUAUUUAAAUAUAACUUAUAAGUAAUUCAAUCCUUAUCAGUUUAUUUUAAUUUAUCCACCUCAAGGCGUAAACAAGGCGUAAAAAUGUGGUCUUGAGUACAUUCUGUAGGUGCAAAAUCCUUGUAAUGGUGUAAGGUGUAAGUAAACAUGACGUUUUAUUCUUUUUCUAACAGUAAUAAAUGGCUUUUAAGUUGAAUGUUGAAGAAGUUGGGAAUGUUCAUAAUUAAUAUAAAUACUGACAGUCUUGUUUUCUAUUACUGGUAAAUUUUUUAACAGUAAAUCGUUGCAUUUUGUCUCAAGUUUCAAUAGUUUUAUGUGUCACUUCACUACUAAAAAUCAAGGGAAACCAAUAUUACUCUACUCUGCCAGGCAAAACUUUUUGCCCUAGUGGUAAAAACAUCACAAGUGAGUCUUUCACUGGAGUCUUACAGGGUGAAGUCACAAAGUUCACAAACUAUAGUGAACAAUAGUGAACUCUGCAUUCCUUAAUUCCCGGUCAUGCCACCAUUGAGUGAAAAUAGCCAUUAGAACAGUCUCUAGUGUAAUUUAGACAUUCCAUUAGCUUUAUAGUUAUAAUAGCCUAAUUUAUAUACAUAUCAUUGAUUGUGCCAAAUUUGGAAAAAAAUCUUACUCUUAUUGUUAUGCAAUGAAGGGUAUUUCUGAAC